AGAAAAACUUGGAAGUAUAAAAUUUUCCUGUCCAAUAAAUACAAAUAAAUCUUCAAGAGAGUUGAGUCCCACAAACAAAUCAGAUCCAUGAUAAAAAAAAAACAAAAAAAAAAAAAAUCCAAUUAUGCAUUUAUUUUACUUUUAUAGUCAACUGUACAUAUCAACUGUAAUUUUUUAAACAUAACCACAAAACCUAAAAUACUAGUAUAAAAACCAACUUUUCGGACAAUCCCAACUGUCCAUAUGAACUUCCACUGUUAUAAAAUCCUUGAAACCUCCCCUUUCCCCAAAUGGCUUCGUCCCAAGAGUCCCAGCCUUUCCACUGGCACUACGCUGAGCUCGAAGACCAUGACUUCGAAAUCCGAGGCCGAACACUCUUCUUCAUCAUCGUCCUCUUCGCCAUCAUCUUUAUUUUCACCCUUAUCUUCGUUUACGCCCGAUGGGCGUGCAGUUUCUAUCGAGAUACCCCGUCUCCGACCUCCCACUCGCCUCCACCGCCUCCCCGGCAGCCUCGAGGGCUUGACCCUGCUACCAUCAAUGCGUUGCCGAUAACUAUGGUCAGGCGCGGGAGGGAGGCCAUUGAGAGUGAGUGCUGUAUUUGCCUUGGAGUGUUUGAAGAAGGUGAGAAAAUUAAGGUUUUGCCAUCUUGUGAGCAUUCCUUUCAUUCCGAGUGUGUUGAUAGGUGGCUCAGUGCUGAGUCGAGUUGCCCACUUUGUAGAUCUCCUCUCCGAGUUGAAUCAGAGCUUCAUCAGAUUCCUGUCAUUGUAACCCAAUAACCAAAAAAAAAAAAAA